AUGGCAAACCAAACUCGCAUCUACGGCGACCUCAAAGUCACUUUGACCUCUGAUUAUAACUGGCUCUGGUCGGAUAAAGGUACUGGUGCAGAGAAAGCCGCCACCUUUUGGCAUCCGAAAUCCCAGUCUGGGGACUUUGGGGGUAUGCGUCCCUUGGGAUCUGUCGGUACCAACCACUACAACGACAUCAACAAGAAACAAGCUACCCUCCUCGUAGGGGCCACCAGUAAUUCAAACCCCGCAGUCAAAUCUCCAACUGACUACACGCAAAUAUGGAUUUCUCAAGGUAUGGGUGGAAUAUACGAUAACUCUACAUGGAGACCAAUUCCCCCGCCGGGAUAUGUGUCGAUGGGUGACGUUGUCUUUGAUUGCACAAAGACAUCAUGGGAUCAAAAGCCAAGUACCAAUUUGGUCUGGUGUUUGCGAGCUGAUCUCGCCAAGCGAGCUAUCUACGGUGCCACUUCGUUUUGGGACGACGUAAAAGGCGGCGGUCUCUAUGAUUGUAGCGUGUGGCAGGCGGUUCCGGAACCCGUCGUAGGAAACGGCGACAAGAAUAUUCCCAUCACUGCUGGUACUUUCCGAGCAAGUCCGAGCUACUCUAAGCCUGACUCAUCCCAGGCUCUGGUUCCGAUAUUGUCUUGCGAGAAUCAAUUCAAGAGGUUUGACGCGCCAGUUCCUAAGAUUACACCUAGUACAAUUCCCAGCACAGGAGAUCAAUUUUCACUUAGCGAGCAGUGUCGUAUUACUCUGCCCUUCACUUCCUUCUUCGAAAGUACAAAUGAAAGAUGCCUCGACUUUAUCCAAGACCCCUUCAUUGAGUUGAGCAGAUCAAUCGCAUGGAGAACCGAGGGUGUAUGGGUAAAUGGGAGUGGGGGUGCGUACUCGCGCCAGAAAGAAAUAAAGUAUGGCGUCAGUAAGGAACAAUCUGAGUCAAUGACACACUCUGCAGGUGUUGAAGUCUCUGCUUCUGCUGGCAUUGGAUGCGCAUCGUUUAGCGUCAGUCUCAAUUAUCAAUUCACCUAUCAAAGCAAUUCUUCAUCCACCGAGUUCAGUGAGUCAACGGUGACAGAAAAAUUUGAGGUCCCAGGAAAAAAUGCAACUGUUUUGUUUAGCAAGCAUAUCUGGAUCACGGCCGCACGUACAAAUGACGGUCCGGUAAUGGAACAGAUAGAGUUGGUCGCGAACGAUGAUGUUUAUUUUGCUGGAUGUCUAGUUGCUUCCGAAUAG